AUGGUGAGGCUGUCAGGCUGUAGAGUCACAGAAGAAGGCUGUUCUUCCCUGGCUUCUGCUCUGAGGUCAAACCCCUCACACCUGAGAGAGCUGGAUCUGAGCUACAAUCACCCAGGAGACUCAGGAGUGAAGCUGCUCUCUGCUGUACUGGAGGAUCCCAGCUGUAAACUGGAGAAGCUGAAUGUGGAUCAUGGUGGAGUGUGCAGGACCAGACCAGGCUUUCAGAAAUACUCCUGCCAGCUGACGCUGGACCCCAACACAGCACACAGAGACCUGUCUCUGUCAGGGGGGAACAGGAAGGUGACAUGGGGGGCAGAGCGGCCAUAUCCUGAUCAUCCAGAGAGAUUUGACUUCUGGGCCCAAGUUCUGUGCAGAGAGAGUCUGACUGGCCGCUGUUACUGGGAGGCUGAGUGGAAUGGAUAUGAAGCCCGGAUAGGAGUCACUUAUAAAGGGAUCGGGAGGAAAGGAGGGAGUGACUGUCAGCUUGGAGACAAUGACAAGUCAUGGUGUCUGUGCUGUGAUACUGACAGUUACUCUGUCUGGCACAAUAAUAAAUGGACUGACAUCCCCAUACGGCCCUCAGGCUCCCGCAGAGUAGGAGUGUAUCUGGACUGGGGGGCUGGUGCUCUGUCCUUCUACAGAGUCUCCUCUGAUGGACUGACCCCCCUGUACAGAUUCACCUCCUCAUUCACUGAGUCCCUCUAUCCAGGGUUUUUUGUUUCUGACUCCAUAGUGUCACUGUGACGUGUUGCUGGUUCUCCUGGCAAAAAGGUAAAAUCUCUGCUUUUUAACCUUUAUAAUCCUUUUUACUCUCAAAUGUAUGUUUGACAAAAAUAAGUUUUUCUCUCUGACUAAAAUGUAACUAAAUGUAAUCCUGAUUAGGGGGGGGCUUUCCCCCUCCCCUGUAUAUGUACAUUUUAUAUAUUUAUGCCUAUUUACUAUAUUACUGUACAAUGACAAUAAAGUCUUUCUGUUCUGUCCUA